AUGUCGAACCCUGAAGAUGAAGUUAAAGACCUUUUAGAGAAGAAUAAAGAGUUGGUACAAAAGGUACAAUAUUGGAAAAUGACUGCAGCACAAAGGGAGAAUGAAAAGCUGGAACUUAUGAAAGAAAUAAAUGAAUUAAGGAUGAAACUGAGUAAAAUACGGAGUAGUGGCGCAGCACAAGUAUGUCAAUUAGAUGCAGCGUUACAAGCAACAAGUCAGGAGGCACUUACCCACCUGGUACAAGCGUCUGGUGCUGUUGCGAGGACUAUGGAUCUGGUAAAAGCAUACAUGAGAGAGAGACAGGAGCUGGACGCAUCUUCACCACGCUGGAGUACAAUCAGUGGUACGCCAGCAACAGACAGAGUGAACAGGGUCCCACCAUUGUUGAUUGGUGGCCAGUCCAUUCAGCCAGUGGUAUCACUUAGCAGGACAUUGCUCAAUACUAGUGGUUCACGUUCUAUUAAUAGAAGUCCUAAUCAAAAUCAUAAUGUGACAGAGAGGGCAAUGCCCAUGCACAUGUUACUACAAGGUACUAGUGCGAGGUCUGAUUUUAAAAGGUCGAUUGUGAGCGAUAAUUUAGUUGCUAAGGCUAGUACUUAUUUAUUUGCAGAUGUGUACAUUCCGUUAACAAGGAUAGAUGCGGCCGAAUUACUUCAUAACAAUGUGGAGGCUGAUGCUGAAUCAAAUAUUGAAAAUAGUACAGAAGAUCUAGGUUUAGAAGAUAGUAGCGAGAGGGUAUUGGAGGAAUCUCAAAAUCAUUCCGAAAUUGAUGAAAUCCAAACAUCGCGAAGGUUGGAUGUAGUCGAUGAAGAACUAGAGCCAGAGGAUGAUGAACAAAUAUCUCCAAUUAUUUCUAGGAUGGAGGACCCAUUAGAAGGACCCAGCUGGUUGCUGGACAGAAUACACAAUACACAGACUAGGAGAACAAAAUGUCGGGUGAACUUAGAGCCGGACUCAACCACUGAGGUAGACGAGAAUGAUCGGGUUGAUAUUCCUACUGGUAUUCAGAGCAAACACACUGAGAGCGAGCGGCUGGCGGCGGGCGGCGCGCAGUUCUCGCCCACCGUGCGCCGCAAGCGCGCCCGCGCCCCGCGCCCCGCGCGCCCUGACCGCCCCGACCACCCCGCGCGCACCGCCUCCCCCGCCUCCCCAGCCUCCUCGCACAGUGUUAACGGACGCGUCCUCAAGGUGCUCGUCGCUAAGAUGAGACUUGAUGACAGCGAGGGCAACAGCGAUGUGUCGCCUCCUAAACGGGCGGUACGAGACCAGACACUGCCUCGAUCGCCCAUAAACAAGGCGCUUCUCCGAUGUUCAUCGCAGGAUACAUCGUCCUCUACGCCGCCAUUACAAGAGGGUACGCACCCUAAACGAAUGAACAAUAGCGUAUCGUGUAGCCCGGGACCGAAGAGGAAUGAAUCGCCAUACAAAUCUCAAAUGGAAGAUGUGUUGGCCAAAAUGAUGCGUUUCGACGCUCCUAGUCCAAAUGGUGCUACCGAUGCUCGUGUCAUAGUAUCAGAAUCGAGAAACGGUCCUUGCGGAUCAGGUGAACCGUUGGAUACUCAAUGGGUCAGUUCUCGAGACAAGGAACAUGUUACUCGAUGCGAGACGCCCGAAUCUCGCGAUGGUCAUGAAUCACGACGCGAGAUGAAAAACGAGAGUCAGCGUUGUGAUCGGGUCAGUCGUAUCGACACGCGUGACAGUAACAGUUGUCAUGACUCUCGAGACAGCGACAGCAGUACUGAACGAGCUGAAGGAAGAACUAGAAGGCCUAGAAAGGCUGUCACUUAUAAGGAGAAACCUCUUAAUAGGUAUUAUAAUAUAUUAUUUUUAGCCUGA